AUGUUUGCCAGUAGUAGUAGUCAUACGGCACAGUCGGCAACCAUUGUUAACGACCGUAUUGUUGGCGGCAAUGCAGUCAAUAUCGCUGAAUAUCCCUAUACUGUAGCCAUUAUUAAAGGAUCGGAUUGUCAUAACUUUACAUUUAUAAGUAACGGUGCUAUAGUUGGCAACAAAUGGAUACUGACAUCCAGUUUUGAUGACAAAACAAUUGCUAAAUUAGUAAACAAUUUGGACGACUACUAUGUAAGAGCCGGUGCUAGCAAUUUGUUCAGCGAUUGUCUAGUAUCUAAACAUACCGUUACCAUCCAAAUAGAUAAAGUCAUACUACACGACAAUUUCAAUAAAUAUCCGAUAGCUUUGUUACGAUUGUCACAAUCGUUUACCUAUGGCCUGACUAUCCGAAAAAUCCGACUGUCCAAACAUUAUGUAGCCGACGGUACCGAUGCUCGAUUAACCGGUUGGGGUGGGGUAUCAUCAACUGGCCAACAAUAUUCACCGCAAUUACAAGUGGUCCAAUUGAAAACAAUUGGUUGGCAACAGUGUAAAAAAUUGGCCAAUUUUUCGGUCGAACCCGAUGUCGACUUGUGUACAGUUAGCGACCAUAAGGGAGGGUGUAAUGGCGAUUAUGGAGCACCAUUAGUUAGCAAUGAUCAUCAAUUGUUAAUUGGUGUUAACACCUACUACAAGUGCGGUACAAACAAAUACGAUGACUAUUCAACUAUAACACCGAUACAGUACGUUAACUGUAUAUUUUUGAAUAUGUUUGACUGUAACAGUCAGCCGGACAGUAGUCUAGACAUUGUCGAGAUACUGAUGCCCGAGCUAUUGAACACUACGAUGACCUGUAACGGUAUGGUUACCGAUAACUAUCAGAACAUACCGUUUGAUGUUGUACUGGGAAAUGGUGAUACCUAUUAUCGUGAAGUUGGCCUAAUAACUGAUGGUCCCUGUGCCGGAUCCAAAAUACAGGGUUGGUCUAUAUAUUUGCCACCCGAAGGCCAGUGUAUUACCAAACCGAUGACCAGUUCGAAGCCAUUGUUCGAGCACUGGAAGAUUACCGGCAACUGUAAGGCCACUUGUAAUGGAAAAUCAUAUUUUGGAUAUAAAUCAGGAAUUAAACCCUAA